CAAAGAUUAUCUCCAUCAUCAAGCAUUCAAGAUCGAUCAGACAAUAUGACUGACUUGGAAGCUGGGAAUCCUACAGAUGUCCAAAACGCUAACAGCAAUGGCGAUUUUGAGUCCCACGGCACAGCAGAUGGCUUGCAUCAAAGGGUAAAAGACUUUUAGCUUUACAACGUACAACUUGUCUUCAAAUCUUUUACUCUGGUUUCUAUCUUCUUUUAGCUGCUUUAAAUGUUGAGCUUUCUUCCCCACAAUAAUGUCUUUUCACUUUCACGUAAGUGGAGAUUGCUACUUCUACUCUGAGCUUAGACUACGUUUGAUAGCGCAAAAUAUAAUACAAUGAAUUUUUCUAUUAAAAUUGAAUAAAAAUUUUGAUUAUAUUACAUUAUGUCCUGGUGUAGCAUUAGUUCUUUUUGGAUAUGAGCUCAGAUCAGAUCAGCCUGUGGGCUGAUUUGAAAUUAAAAUCGAACUGAAAUUAAAUUAAUUUAAAAAAUUAUCAGACCAAAAUUGAUUAAAACUGGAUUAAACAAGAUUAGUAUUCAACUAGAUUAGUAUUCAAUUGGAUUUUAAAAAAGUAGAAAAUUUUGAAAAAAUUUUCAACUGCUGAAUUUAUUUAAAACUGGACUGAAAUUGAAUUAAAUCAAAGACUGGUUCCGAUCUCCCAAAACCUUGAAAUGAAACAAUCGGUUCAAGCUCAAAAUUGGACCGACACCGACUCUUGGAUGCUCCUAUCUCAGAUACGUGUUUUUCAAAGAGUAUCGGGGCAGGUCACAGGAGAUGGCAAUACUAUAUCCGAGGUUAUCCCCAGCUUCGAAGAUCAAGAAGGGAACCAAAACAGAAAGAAUAGCUCGAAUCAAAGGGAUAUGACCCUGAAACGGAUUUUCCUUAUCACGAAUUUUGUCGUGGAGCUUCCAUCAGCAGUUUUUGAUCAACUGUCCUCAGUGCGCAAACCCCAAUAUGCAUUAAUCAGUAUGAUCUUGUCUUUCACAGUGAUGCUCAUCUCCAUUAUUGAUCUUGCUCGAACAGGUCGAAGUGAAAGAGUUAAAUUCAUGAUGAGAGGCCAUAUAACUUGGUUUUACUCCCCAUUUCCAAGUUACAAGCCUCUGGGUACAUUUGCUGAUAUUGUUGGAUUAGUUUGUGGCAUUUUCCAAUGUGUUUUUGCAGCAAUUGCUUAUGCCUUUCUGUCUCAUAAAGCUGAAGGUCCUAUCAAAAUCUCUGUUUGGCCUUUAAUCUUUGCCUCUGGUGUAUUAUGGUCUAGAUUUCCCUGGAAUACAAAGGCUCCGGUGACGCGGGCGGUAAUCAAGGGGCCGUUACACUGUUGGCAAUGUGCCAAGAAACUUAAAAGGACCAUUUUGAAGAACGAAGGUGUGCAGGAGGUGAGAGUGGACAUGCAGAAGGAUACGUUGACCGUCAAAGGGACCAUGGAUGGUAAGGCGUUGGUUGAGUUUUUGCAGAAGAAAUCCGGGAGAAGAUUUGAGAUUUUGCCAACUGAGGAGGAAGAAGACUGAAGUAGCCGGGGCAACUGGCAACAGGGUUAGUGGGUUUGGGGAUGAAUUUUAUAGGAGGGAUAUUGUGGGCGUCGGAUUUAAGUGAUGGGUCUGCUGCUAUUGUUGCAUCUCUUGCUAUUGUUAAUGCAAUAGAGGGAUUAUGACAUGUUGGUAGGCAAAUUCUUGAGCUUGAUCUCGCUUGUCAAUGGAGCCUGGUGCUUUUUUUUUUUAUUUGUGUUUUUUUUUUUUCUGUUCGAAGUUUCCAGAACAAGUUUAAAGGGUUGGGGAUUAUUUGAAUCUAGUGGAUUUUAUUGUUGAUUUUGGCCUAAAGGGAUUGUGAUAUUGUUCUUGAUUUUAGUAGAGAGACAGGGGGAAGGGGAAGGAGACGACAAGGAGAGAGUAAUUAAGAGAUUUUUUUUUUCAAGAAGAUAAGAGUGUGUUAGUGCUAGGUGCAAGGAGCGAAUGAACUUUUAUUUAUUGUUAAAAUGCAGUUUAGCUCAGCUUUCCAUCCAA